UCGCCCCUUCUCUCUUCUUCUUCUUCUUCUUGUAACAGAAGAAUCAUGGCUACACUCCAGACCCCGAAAUGUGGAGCGGUUCAACUGAAGAACACUACCAGAAACAUGGUGAAGGGAUUAUUAAGCAUGGCAAGCCAACAUAAAACCCCUAACAACACCAGAUCCACCACCACCACUAUAAGAGACGAAAAGGAAUCUACAUUGUCUACUGCCACCACCAUCUCUGAGCUCUACCUAAUAGCAGAUGCGGUGGCUGACAGAGUAGAGAUGCACACCAACAUGGGUGAGCAGCGAGACAACUGGAACACCCUCCUCCUCACCUCCAUCAAUGCCAUCACCCUCACCGCCGCAGCCAUGGCUGCUCUCUCUGCUGCAACAACUACAACUUCCUUUCUCCCUUUCCCACCUCUCAACCUAUCUUCCACUCUCUUGUUCUCUGCAGCCGCAGGGAUGAUGGUGGUGAUGAAUAAGAUCCAACCCUCCCAACUGGCAGAAGAGCAACGCAACGCUGCAAGGUUGUUCAAGCAACUCCAUAGGGAGAUCCAAACAACCCUUGCCAUUGGGAAGACUCCAACGGCAAGGGAUGUAAAGGAUGCCAUGGACAAGGUCUUGGCCCUCGAUAGGGCCUACCCUCUUCCCUUACUUGGAGUCAUGCUCGACAAGUUCCCCAAAACGGUGGAGCCCACUGUGUGGUGGCCUUCACCUUCAUCAACUUCACCUAAUUCACCACGAGAACAGCAUGAUCAGCGAAAACGGGUUCUUGGGAAUGGGUGGAGUGAGAAACUGGAGGAGGAGAUGAGAGAGAUUGUUAGGGUUUUGAAGAGAAAGGAUGCUGAGGAAUAUAAGAGAUUGGGGAAGUUGGCGUUGAACAUAAAUAAAAUUUUAGCGAUUUCAGGGCCUAUACUAGCAGGCGUAGCAGCAGUUGGGUCUGCCUUUGCCUUUGUGGGGUCAUGUCCUUCUCAUCAUCACGGCGGGGGUUUGGAUUUAGGUUUGGCGGUGAGUGUUGCUGCGGGAGCACUAGCGAGUGUAGUGAACACGUUGGAGCAUGGAUGGCAAGUUGGAAUGGUUUUCGAGAUGUAUAGGAAUUCUGCUGGCUUCUUUAAACUACUUGAGGAAUCCAUUGAAGCCACCUUGAACCAAAAAGAUGUGGAGAAGAGAGAAAAUGGAGAGUCCUUCGAAUUGAAGCUGGCUCUCAACUUGGGGAGAAGCCUAUCGGAGCUCAGGGAUCUUGCAUCUUCUGGUAGUAAUAGUAGAGAUGAAGAAGAAGUCAGCGACGAGUUUGCAAGCAAACUCUUCUGAGUUCUAAUUUCUCAUCUUCUAUUGUUCAUAAUUCCAUUCUUUAUUCUUUUAUGUAAUUAGC